AUGGUUGUGCCUGUAAUCGCCCGAGGGGAUACAUACAGGGUGGUUAUCACCCGUAUGAUGCAGGAGACGAGAAGGGAGAGGGCGUACCUCAGAGCAGCCAACGAGUGGCUGCGUUGGGAGGAAGAGAAGGGUGAAAGCCUUGAUGGCGAAGAUAUCUUCGCCAUGGCUGCUCUUCACGCCAGAGCGGAGAGAUGGUUGGCGGAUGCAGAGCACGAGGCUUACAUGAGAGGCGACCGGUGGGAGGGCGGACUUGGGCCACUCACCCCCAGAGCUCAGUGGACCCGGGCUCUAAGGCGUGAGGCCCGGAAGUGGGAGAUCGAGGAUGAGCAGGCCCUCGCUCUAUAUGACGUGGAGGAUCUGUGGGACCUACACCUCCUCUUCGGGGACGCCCCGCCCCGUCCAGACCAGAGCGAGGACAGCUGGGACCUUGAGGAGUGGGAGUGA